AUGACAAAUGUUGAUGAUGUUGGUAAUUCUGAUACAACGUUUCGUUUGUUGUUAAAUGUUUGUUUUCUUAAAGGCUUUAUUGUUGGUGACACCUUAGUUUGUCAUUUGAGUAAACUUGAUGUUAUCCUUGGAAUGAGUUGGUUGGUGUUCAACGGUGUUUAUAUUAACGGUUAUGCCAAGACUGUAAUGUUCCCAGAGGUAGAAGGAGAUGGAGAGAUGAUGUUUAUAUCUGCUAAGCAAGUAGAAGAAUUAUGGAAAGAGGCGGCACAUGUGUUCACUAUGUUUGGUGCUUUGGGAAUCAACAAAAAAGAUGUUAUGGCAGAGCUACCGGUUAUGUGUGAUUUUCCCAAAGUGUUUGCUAACAAUAUCAGUAAUUUUCUGCUAGAGCGUGAGGUGGAGUUUUCUAUAUACGUUGUACCUAGUACUAGUCCUGUGUCGAUGGCUCCUUAUAGAGUGCCUGCUUUGGAGCUGAGCAAGCUGAAAAAAUAG